UUAUGUUGAUUGCUUCGCCAGUUGUCAGGCACCUGUCUGCUUUGAGUUUUGACGUUUGUAAAUGGCCAAAGCAGGCAUUCUAAUAUAUAUUACCUGCUCUCUUUCCUAAUGGCAUAUUCAUCUUGAUUUAGAUUUUAGAUUAAGCUGCCUACAUAUAUUGUUCAGGUCGGAUUAAAUUAGUGUACCAGGAUAAUGGAGGGUGAACCCGUUAACGUGAACGAGUUUCAAGAAUUGGCUAGGCUAGCUCUUCCAAAAAUGUACUAUGACUACUAUAAUGGGGGAGCUGAGGAUCAGUACACAUUAAAGGAGAAUGUGGAAUCGUUUCGUAAAAUCGUGUUGCGGCCUAGAAUCCUUGUAGAUGUUAGCCGAAUAGAUUUGUCAACUACUAUAUUGGGUCACAGAAUCUCAGCGCCAAUUAUGAUUGCUCCAACUGCUUUUCAUAAGCUGGCACAUCCUGAAGGAGAGGUCGCCACUGCCAGAGCAGCAGCUGCAAGUAACACGAUAAUGGUUUUGUCUUGUAUGUCUACCUGCACGGUGGAGGAGGUUGCUUCCAGCUGCAAUGCUGUUCGGUUUUUUCAGUUAUAUGUAUACAAGAGACGAGAUAUAUCAGCUCAGCUAGUACAUAGAGCUGAAAGAAACGGAUACAAGGCUAUUGUCCUAACCGUUGAUGCUCCCCGACUUGGUCGAAGGGAGGCAGACAUAAAGAACAAAAUGAUUGCACCUCAAUUAAACAAUUUUGAAGGCCUCAUAUCAACUAAAGUUGACCAUGAUGAAGGUUCAAAUUUAGAAGCUUUUGCCAAAGGGACCUUUGAUGCUUCUUUUUGCUGGAGGGACCUGGGAUGGUUAAGAGCUAUAACAAACUUGCCAAUUCUGAUCAAGGGGGUACUCACCCGUGAAGAUGCAAUAAAGGCUAUGGAAGUAGGCGUUGAUGGUAUUAUUGUCUCAAAUCAUGGAGCUCGGCAGCUAGAUUUUACCCCCGCCACUAGUUGUGUUCUGGAAGAGGUUGUUCAUGCUGUCGUAGGAAAAGUUCCUGUUCUCUUUGAUGGAGGAGUGCGGCGAGGAACAGAUGUCUUCAAGGCAUUAGCCCUUGGUGCACAAGCUGUCUUGGUUGGAAGGCCCGUUGUCUAUGGGCUGGCAGCGAAGGGGGAAUAUGGGGUGAAACGGGUUAUUGAAAUGCUGAAGGAUGAGCUCGAGCUGACUAUGACCCUUUCAGGCUGUCCUGGUGUGAAGGAUAUAAGUAGGAGUCACAUAAAAACGGAGCAGGAGAUACUCCACUCAAUGCUAUAACAUGAUUUGAACUCGAUAAAUGUGUAUGCAUGCUAA